AUGCCAUGUGUGGCAAUUGGUCAGCGCAUUGAUUUCAGCUGCGUCACCUUCUUUUGUGGGGCCAAACGGCUGCAACUGCAACUGCAACUGCAAUCGCUGCAGCCGGCCCAGCCGCAUGUUUGCCUAAUGACAGCGCCCCAGCAGCAGCAACAGCAGCAGCAACAGCAGCAGCAGCAGCGGCGGCAGCGGCAGCCCUCAGUGUUGCAGCUUUCAGCUUCCAGCUUGGCGUGCAACAACAAUGACAACGACAACAAUUGCGAGGUGCGGCGGCAACAAUUGCAUUUGCAACGGCGACUGACAUUUGAUCGAAAGGCAAGCCGCUGCUGCGGAAGCUCAUGCCACAGUCUAUGCCGUGGCAUGCCACAUGUGGCCGUAGCUGUUGCUGUUGCUGUUGCUGUUCCCAAAAGGCGCUGA